AUGGCAGCCGACGGCCCGCGGCCGGGCUACAGGGCCCUGACGGACGCUGAGAAACUGGUCCAGGCGGCCCAGGGCCAGGCACUGGUUGGGGACCUCAAGGCUGUCGUCAGAGUCAACCCGACGCAGCCCUUCACGACCCUCAAGGACGCGGUGACGAACCUACUGCCCUUCCACGUUUUUGGCAGCGAAUACAACGGGGCCGACCUAACCGCGACCCCGGAGUCUGCGGGCGGCGUACAAUCCGCGCAGGACGAGGCUGAGGUGGCGGAGCUGCUGGCGGAGGUGGAGGACGUGGGCCUGCGCCUGGCGGUCAUUGAACAGCGACUGGCGGUGCAGCAGCAGCGCGGAGCAACCAGCGCCGCUGACCGCCUUGGCUGGGCUCAGCACCUGGCAGAGGAGGCCGCGGCGCGCGCAGCUCCAGCUUCAACCGCGAACACAGGGAUGGCAGGCGCUGCUGGCACUGGGCAGCAGGCGCUCACGCAGCAGCAGACGCUCAUGCUGCUCCAGCGGCAGAUGCAGCUGCAGCAGCUGCAGCAGCAACAGCACCUUGCGCAGCAGCAGAAGCAGCAGCAGCAGCAGCAGCAGCAGCAGCAGCAGCAGCAGCAGCAGCAGCAGCAGCAGCAGCAGCAGCAGCAACAGCAGCGCCCCAUGUAA